UGCUUGAAGUAUGGUCAUUGGAAAAAUCGGUGCAAGUCACAGAUCAAGUGUGAAAGGUGUUCGGGUUUUCAUCACACAAUCAUGCAUUACGAUCAAGCGGAGAGUGUAGUGAAUCAAACAGCAUCCGAUGAAGUGCCAGAUUCCGAUGUGGCAGUGUUUAGUGUGAGCCAGCACUCAAGGGUUUCAACGUUGCCGAGAGUGCGUGUAAUCUUACAAACAGCUCUAGUGAACGUAAUAGCCAAUGGCGGAAGGUUAGUGCGUUGCCGAGCAUUGUUGGAUAGCGGCUCUCAGAUAAGCUGCAUAACACGGCAGCUCGUGAAUAAAUUGGGGUGUCGAAUGGUGAAUACUAACAUGCCAGUGUCAGGGAUCGGGAACGUUAAGUCACCAGUAAACAAGUGUUGUUCGGUGAUUGUAAAAUCAAUGUGUAGAAACUUUACUGUUGACUUGCGCUGUCUUGUGUAUGAUGAAAUAACGGGAACCCUUCCAGCGUCUUAUUUCAGUUUUGAUAAUCUGAAAAUACCAAGUGAUCUUGACUUAGCUGAUCCUGACUUUAACAAGCCGGCGUCAAUAGAUUUGCUUAUUGGCAUGGAUCGUUUACCUUUCAUCAUGAAGUCAGGGUUCGUCAAGCUCUCGAAUGAACUUCCAGUUGUGAUGGACACUGAAUUAGGAUGGGUGAUUGGUGGCUGUAUCGACAGCAGUGACAUUGGUGAAGGUGUUCAUACGAACAUAGCAGUUUCUGAUAAUUUAGAUCAGUUAUUGCAAAGGUUUUGGGAAAUAGAAGAGAUUUCUAACGAACAGUGCGUUCAAACGGAAGCACAACAAUGUGAAGAACAUUUUAAGAAAAGUCAUCAUCGCGAUGUGGACGGUAGGUAUAUCGUUCGGCUUCCAUUAAGGGAAACAGUUGACAAACUUGGCAACUCACGUUCGAUGGCUUUGCGUAGAUUCUUUGCUUUGGAAGCUCAGCUAAGUCGCCGUCCAGAAGUGAAGGAGCAGUAUUCCAUGUUUAUGGAGGAAUACAAGGCUAUGGGCCAUUGUCGCGAGGUGGAUGAGUCGCUGUCGAUUGACUGA